GUGGUUUUCUAUAUUGUUGUUGGUGGUUUUAUAGCUUCAAUUUUGAAGCUGUUUUUAGAGUUUUACCUAUAUACUCUUGCAUUUGGUGAGCUUCGUUACAUAGCUUUUGUCACUUUCAGUAGAUUUUGUUUUGUCACUUUCGGUAUUCUUUUGAGUUCUUGA